UUGAACGUUUUCUGUUCGAAAACAAGAACAACUUCAAUUUGCUGUUUAACAACAACAAACUUGACUGAUUUUUGAGACCUGAGAUUGAAAAAUCGACUGGAAAAUGCCUGGGUGUUUUUCAAGAUUGAUGGAGAGAGUGCGAGGACGUGGGCAGCCUUCUGCGUCGACAGGUUGUGUAAAUUCAUUUGUGGGUUGUUUUUGUUGUCUUUUUCCGUUUUGCAGGGUUCGCGAUCGUCGGGAGGUGGACAGUGACUUCGAAGAGGAAUCAAAUGUACUGGAUGAGGUCCAGUUGGAUGUGCCACUGCUGCCAGUCAUCCUUGAUGUCCAGGAUGCUGCUAUCAUCCUUGAGGAUGUGCCAGAUGUACCGACUAUCCUUGAGGAGGCCACUGGUAAUUGGCAUUUGAUACCGAUUAGGUUCAGCCCCCUGUACUGUGGGCCUGUUGUGAUCAGAACCCAUGCCGGUCCGGUGGCUAAAGCUUGGAGAACUUUCCAGUUCAUCAGCCCCAUUAUCACCUAUAUGCGUGGGGGAUCCCAGCAGGUGGUGGUGAGGAGGCACCAUGUGAGUAGGGUCCGAGGCCUGGAGACUCAACUGGUGUGGGCCAUCUCCAGGGAGACAGCCAGACUUAGUUCAGAGGGCAUCCCCUACUGUGCCACCAAGGUUCAGUCCGUCACUUGGAUCCUGUAUGUGGCUGGCAGGGUGACCCAGUAUGCUUCUCACCUCCGCCAUGAGACGUCUGUGGACAUGACCCUUGGCUGCUACCAGCAGACUGAUGUCUCGGUGGUGUAUGCCACUCUCCACAUGGGGCCGGAUGGGCUGCUCUCCUCCUCGGCGUGGUCGGAGGCUGCCUCCGUGUCUACGCCCACCAAUCAGCAGUUCACGGAGCCAGAGCCUGAGGGCCACAACUGCUAUGAGGGCUGGGAGGAGGACCUGCUGCCUGAGGAGAGGGAGGUUCCUCUGCUAAACCUCUACCUUACCACCAAGAGAGUGGAGGACAUCGCCCUGAGGCUCGUCUCCCUGCGCCAGGCCUUCACUGACGAGGCCGAAUUCAUCCGUGCCUAUAACGACUUUGUGGACUACCUGAGUGACCCCUCCAAGCAGAUUGACAUUGAGAGGGAGCUGGCUGAGGCAAAGAUCCAUCAUGUUAACCUGAUAGAUGUCCUCUUUGAACUGGUGCUAUUUGGGAUGAUGACAGCUCAGAAGUCCCUGAUGGUGCACCCUGGUGGGUUCAUGGAGCGUCUGUACGCUCUCCUGUACUCCUUCCUGCCCGUAGCUGCCAGCAUUGAGCCAAAGGCCGAGAGAUACCUGCUGCUGCUCAAUGAUUCUUGCGACACUUUGCCACCACACAGGGGUCUAGACACAAAUGCACUAUAUUACUUUGCACUGAAUUUUACAUUUCUAAAUAAAAUAACUACCACCAGAGAUCGAGGCAGGGAUGGCCACCAGAGAUCGAGGCAGGGAUGGCCACCAGAGAUCGAGGCAGGGAUGGCCACCAGAGAUCGAGGCAGGGAUGGCCACCAGAGAUCGAGGCAGGGAUGGCCACCAGAGAUCGAGGCAGGGAUGGCCACCAGAGAUCGAGGCAGGGAUGGCCACCAGAGAUCGAGGCAGGGAUGGCCACCAGAGAUCGAGGCAGGGAUGGCCACCAGUUCCAGCUGA